AGCUGUAUUUGAAAUGCAGCCCGUCUGUUUGUUAGCUAGCGAGCAGCGAUAAACAGAAUCCCUGAGCUAGUUAGAGUUAUACAAAAGCUUUGUGUUGGUUGUAGUGUUUGUAAACAUUGAACACUAAUACGCUUUAUGUAGUAUAUAUAUUGUAUUUAAAGUGUGUUUCGUCGAAACGAAUUUCUCCUGGAUAUGUAUAUAUUUUUGGUUUAAUAAUUAACGUUUGGCUUGCUAGCUUGCUGUCACGGUAAUACAGCGAGAGUUAGCUAUUUCUAUUAUUUUCAGUGGUAAUUAUUAGUACUUAGCUAUGAUAAAGUUACUCGUUAAUACGAUCGUGCCUUUUGUAAAGCAGUAGUUAGUCAUGUAUAACAGUUUUCCAUAGCUUUUCUAAACAAGAGAAAGCCUCCAUGAUGACACCAGCAUGCGAUUGCUAAAGGCGACUCGAGUCAGGAUUUGUAUGGUUCAUAUGCAUUACUGUUAUUAGGGAAGUGUAAUAUCCAGCCACACUUUGUGCUUUGAGAUCAUGGAGGAAAACGGAGAAACGAUAGAAUCGGAUGAUAUCGUGAUCAUCGUGGAAAAUGAGGCGGAAAGCAAGCCGAUUCAGGAGGCCAAGCCGAAGGAGGAGGGCAGUCUGGGCCUGCUGGACAUCUGUCCCCUGUGUAAGCUCAGCUUCCACAGCAGGGAGCCCAAACUGCUGCCCUGUCUGCACUCCUUCUGCAAAAGAUGCCUUCCUUCUCCAUCCAGGAGCCUGGCGUACACAGAGCAGGGCACCAACCACCAGAUGCCAGCUGAGGGACAAGGCAAGCCAUCAGUGAACGUGAUCCGAUGCCCAGUUUGUCAUCAAGAGUGCAUGGAAGUCGAGGUCUUGGAUAACUUCUUUGCCAAGGACACUAUGGAGGUGCCAAGCAGCACAGUAGAGAAGACCAGUCAGCUGUGUAUGAGCUGCGACGACAACACGGAGGCAACUGGUUUCUGUGUGGAGUGUGUGGAAUUCCUGUGUGUCACAUGCAUUGAGGCUCAUCAGCGUGUAAAGUUCACCAGAGAUCAUACAAUCAGACAAAUGGAGGAGAUGUCUUCAGAAGCAAUGGGUGCUUCCACACAGAAACCGGUUUUCUGUGAUGUCCACAAGCAAGAGACUCUGAAGCUGUUUUGUGAAACUUGUGACCGUCUCACCUGCAGAGACUGUCAGUUACUCAAGCACAAGGACCAUAAUUACCAGUUUCUGGAGGAUGCGUAUAGAAACCACAGGGAACACCUUGAGAAGAUGACAGGCCAACUUCAGGAAAAAAGGAAGGCCAUUGGGGAGGUGUCUGACACUAUAAAUAAUGGUCUUCAGCAAGUGGAUGAAAACCGCAAGACUGUCACCAAUGAGAUUAAAAAGGCCAUCUGCAAUCUAAUUAUGGAAAUAAACAGAAAAGGGAAGAUCUUAAUCAACCAGCUUGAGGCGCUGACAAAAGACCAUGAAAUGGUGCUAAAGAAACAGCAGGAAGACAUCUCCUCACUCACCAAGCAUCUUGAUCAUGUGAUUAACUUCACAAAGUGGGCAACGGCCAGUAACAGUGGCACUGCACUCCUGUACUGUAAACGGCUGAUCUUGUAUCAAAUUCAGUACCUUCUCCGAGCAAAGUGCAAUACCUCCUACGUUCCUCAGAGUUCAGUUCGCUUCCAGUGCCGGGCUGCUUUUUGGGCUUCAAACGUUGACCUUGGUUCCCUGGUGGUAGAAAAAAGCUCAGCUCGGCAGCCGAGUGGCCCCCAGCCAUUUCCUUUCCAGCAGAUGAACCCUGGCCCCAGAGGUGAGGGGCCCCCUUUGGCCCUCACAGGAUCUCAGGCUCAGCAGCACAGGCAGAGCACGCUGGCCCAGCUGCAAAUGCAGGUGGAGAAACUCGCUCAACAGCCAAACCGACACGUAUCUCCCAAUCACUGGUCUUGGGCAAUGCGCCCCCCUGGGCAGCCACCACCCAAUAGACCAAUGCAGGGAGGAUCACCUUCCCAGAAUUUAACCGGCAUGCCCCAGCAGCCUUGGAGGUAUGGCAGCCCACACAUUAACACAAGAAGUCCCCCGACUCUUAUCCAGAACUCCAGCAUCCCACAACAGACCUUGAGGGGUCUCAUCAACAGUUCUAACUUCCCUCCUAAACCUAUGGAAGUGCUGCAAGGACCCUCUCGCUACUCCCAGAAUGCACCUAUCCCAAACGCUGGUCCACUCACAUCUCAGGCCUCUUAUAUGCAGAGAAACAUGAUGGAAGCCACAUACUUCAACAGGAGAAGUGACCCUGCUGUUUCCUUGUCGGUGUCUGGCCCUAGAGCUAGUUUUGUUCACACUCUGCCCCCCACUGUGCCAGACAAAAGUGCUCCAGUAAGACAGAUUUCUCCUAUGUCUGCUCCUACCUCAUCAGAAGCAAGGACAGGGGUUGGUCCCUGGAAGCGUUCAGAGCCUCCAGCGAGUGGGCCAUCAAGCCUCACGACUAAGAGAAGGAGAAAGUCCUCUCCAGGGCCUGUCAUAGUCAUCAAGGAUGAGCCUGAGGAUGAUGACGAAGUUCGGUUUGUCCAGACCACUACCAAAGCUAGUCUUCCAGAUAGCACAGGCGUGCAGUCACAGACCCAACAGCAGGAGUCACCUCCCACAGAAGAGCAGCAGACAGAGAAAAGCCCCGAACCUGAGGAGGACCCCAAUGAGGACUGGUGUGCUGUGUGCCAGAAUGGAGGAGAGCUCCUCUGCUGUGACAAAUGUCCCAAAGUCUUCCAUCUCAGCUGUCAUAUUCCCACUCUCAAUGCAUCCCCAAGUGGCGAAUGGUACUGCACAUUCUGCCGUGACCUUAACUCCCCUGAAAUGGAGUAUGACAUUGAUGGUGGCGGGGAGUCAAAAAACGUGAAGCCGGAUCCUGAUUCAGUUACCUUUACACCUGUGGAUAGACGAAAAUGUGAGAGACUGUUACUCCGCAUCUACUGCAAUGAGCUCAGCACUGAUUUCCAGGAGCCUGUAACACCAUCGUCCAUGCCAGAAUACAGCGAGAUUAUAAAAACCCCAAUGGACCUGUCUAAAGUGAGGAGCAAAAUGGAGGGCAAGGAAAGUCCCAGUUACAGGAGCACAGAGGACUUUGUGGCAGACAUGAGGCUUAUUUUCAAAAACUGUGCUACAUUCCACAAGGAGGACACAGAGAUGUCCAGUGUUGGAGCUAAUCUGGAGAGUUAUUUUGAAGAGCAGCUGAAACUCUUGUAUCCAGAUCGGACCUUUCCAGACGUAAAGGCGGAAGAAUCUGCUCCAGAACCAGAGCCAGAACCUGCACCAGUCGCUCCAUCACCGAAAGAUACAGCAGAAGCAGCAACUCAGUCACCAAAAACAUACUCACCAGAAGCCCCUGCAGCAAAGGAGGAUGCGGAACCUCCUAAUAAAAGUCCUCCAAAGGAGGAACCUCAGUCAGAAGAACCUGUGGAAAACACUGAGGGCACAGAGAAACCACAGGAAAGCUGUAAUCCUGAAAAUACACCGAAGGAAGACAACAAUAAAGAUCAGAAUGGGUGAUCAGACUAAAGCUCCAUCCCUCUAUUUUUCUCUCUCUCUCUCUCUCUCUCUCUUUUUCUCCCUCCCGCUCCCUGUCCAUGGACACUUGGAGUGCUCAUCACCUCACGGUGUAUUAAUUCUGCAAUAAUAAGAAUAUUGCAUACAAAGUCACGGUUAAAAAGAGCAAUACAGCUCAUUAGGGUAUGUAAAAAGGCACAAUAAAUGCAGGUGUAAAAAUAAGUAAAUGAUUUUGUUUUUGAAAAACUGCAUUACUUUGACACAAAUGCAAAAUUGCAUACAUUAUCUGUGCUUCUACUAUGAUCCUUCUAAAAACAUGAAUGACUUGAUUUGCUUUAUAUAUUUAUUUGUCUUGUUCUAGUUUAAUUUGGUGCUCUAGAGAUGAGCAUGCUUAGAAAUAAAUUUGAUGAACUGUUGA